AGUCCCAAUUAGUGCCGCUUCUAGCUUAGUAUAGUUAAUCCCUUUUGUUUGUUUAUAUCUCUCUGCUCUCUCUCUCUCCUCCCUCCUCAUCUCCCACCUCCACCUCCGCUGCCUGCCUGCGGGCCAAUCCGAUCCCAUCGCCGCCACCGAGCUCCAGAUCCACCUCAACCUCAUCCCAUCGCCGCCACCGAGCUCCAGAUCCACCACCGCAGCCCGCCGCCGAGCUCCAGCACGGUAACCCCCGCUCUCCGGACCCCUAGCUCUUCCAUUCGAACCCAGUUCGGAGGCCGCCUCCCCUGCUCCGCUGCUCCUCGCAUUGGGCCGGGUUAGCAGCUGGGCGGUUUCCCUGCGCGCGAUUCGGCGCGUUCGUUUCACCUGCUGCUCCGGGACUCCAGGGGAAGGAAGGUGCUGCCAGUUGAACCCUGGUGUGGUAGCCUUCGCAUCAAAUUUACCGGAGCUUGAUGAUCCCGAGAUGGUGAGGACCUGAAAGCGCCAGCAGUGUCUCGGUGGGGCAGCAGCAAGGACAUGACUGUCAUGCCGCCUGUAUCUCGCCAGCGGGCUGCGGCCAAGAAGCCCAUGUGGAUCAUCGUUCUCCUCUGCCUCGUCUGCGUUGUGUUGAUCGGGGCGUACGUCUACCCGCCGCACCACUACUCGCAGUGCUACCUCUCCUCUUCUAGUGUCUGCACACCUUUCAAGGACUGGCUCCCUUCGUACGGCCGUCGGGAGAAAACUGAUGAGGAGAUCAUUUCCGCCGCGGUUAUCAGGGAUAUCCUCGCAAUGCCCAUGCCUGUGUCCAAGAGUCCCAAGAUCGCUCUUAUGUUCUUGACGCCCGGUUCAUUGCCCUUUGAGAAAUUGUGGGAGAAGUUUUUGCAGGGUCAUGAGGGGAGAUACUCCAUCUAUGUGCACGCGUCGCGUCAGAAGCCUGUGCAUUCCAGUUCUCUCUUUGCCGGCCGAGAUAUUCAUAGUGACGCGGUUGUAUGGGGAAAGAUUUCAAUGAUAGAUGCAGAGAAGAGAUUAUUAGCAAAUGCACUGGAAGACGCUGAUAAUCAAUUUUUUGUCCUGCUUUCUGAUAGCUGUGUUCCGCUGCAUUCAUUUGACUAUGUCUUUAAUUACCUGAUGGGAACAAACAUUAGUUUUGUUGAUUGCUUCCAGGAUCCUGGUCCACAUGGAAAUGGAAGGUAUUCUCUUGAGAUGCUUCCUGAAAUUGAGGAGAGAGACUUCAGAAAGGGUGCUCAGUGGUUUGCAAUCACGCGGAGGCAUGCUUUAAUGAUUCUGGCCGACAAUCUUUACUACAAGAAGUUCAAGCUAUAUUGCAAGCCAGCUGAUGGGCGCAACUGUAUUGCUGACGAGCAUUAUUUGCCAACCCUAUUCAAUAUGGUAGAUCCAGGUGGAAUAGCUAAUUGGUCGGUUACACAUGUGGAUUGGUCUGAGGGGAAAUGGCAUCCAAGGUCAUAUGCAGCUGCUGAUGUCAGCUAUGAUCUCUUGAAGAAUAUAACAUCUGUUGAUGAGAACUUCCAUGUAACAAGUGAUGACAAGAAACUUAUGACACAGAAGCCUUGUUUGUGGAACGGAUCAAAGAGUCCAUGCUACCUUUUUGCUAGAAAAUUUUACCCUGAAACUCUCGACAGCUUAUUGAAGAUAUUCACCAGUUAUACGUCUGUUUGACUUCAACCUGAUUCUUUGCCCUCAACACAUGGUUCAACUACAUGGGCACGCUCUCUCCCUCCAUGUAAAAAUUGUGAAGUCAAUCAAUACUGAAGCCUCGCAACGCGGAUUUGGGCCUUGAGAAGCAGGUUACUGCUGCAGCGACUGCGACAAACCUGUAGUGUUCACUCCAUGGGUAGGGAUGUGGCGAUAUUGAUAGCAAUGAUACUGCCCUCGGUUGUAAUCUAUUGUGCUUUCUGUAUGUUCUUAUCAGUCCCCUUCACGCCCUUUUACUCUAUCUUAGCCUCAUUAGUUCCUGGCACCUUGAGAUCAUUUUUUUUGUCAAUAUGUUGUUAUUAUAUGAUCCAUUCUUUUGUAGACACAAAGAGAUAACUGAAAGUACCACAUAUCUUUAUAGCCUUCUAAUUGUUUUUGGACUA